AAAGUGGUUUUAAUUGAAUUGAGAGACCGAGACGGGGGGCGUCCUCUUCGAUGCUGUUCUUCGAUUGAGCGAGGGAAUCAAACGGAGCACGGCUGACGGCGAACGGAGAGCCCUCGCCGGACAGUGACGGUCGCGAACGGGAAGCUGAAUUUCGUUCUCUGCUUCCAAUCCGAUAGCAUCUGUGCUAAUUUGGCUGUACGGUUUUUCCCGUACAGCCUGUUGUAGGAUAUAAUUUGCCUUCUGCGCUGGCGCGAAACUGAGGAAAGAGAGUGGAGAAGAAGACGAUUACUUCACCGGAUUCCCCAAAAGUUUCUCAUCGAUUCUCCAGCCUCCAGGUGGAAGGCCGGUAGGGAGAAGAGAAUGAAGAAUGGAAAAUUGUUUUCACUCAACUCAACUAAACCUUGGGACGCAUUGGAUUCGUCCAAUUGUAUAGGUUUAUUCCCUUGGCAUGGAUUGCUCGAAGAUACAGUGACAAUGGAAGAUCCUCAUUCCGUCGAUAGUCCUCGGAGGAUCCUCAGUUUUACGAAAAAUAGGAAGGUAACUGUUGUCUUCCCAGAUUCAAACGAAAAGGCUUCAGAAGUUGCUAUUCCUGGGGAUCAUGGACCCAAUCCUUCUGAAGUUUAUGGAUUUGUGGGGUCUAUUUCGACCGUCGUCGCCACAGUUAUCUUUUUUGUGUGGGCAUAUGUGCCAGAGAAAUGGUUGGAUUCAAUAGGGAUCUUUUACUAUCCAAGCAGGUACUGGGCAUUGGCUGUGCCAGCCUAUGUGAUGAUGACCAUAGUUCUAGCCAUUACAUUUUACAUUGGUCUCAACUUCAUGGCCACCCCUCCUCCAACUUCUUUCACCACCAUGUUUGAUGAAUUCAGCAGAGAACCAUUGUUGAGCCGUGCUUUUACAGGCGAUGAUGGAGACGAUGAGCGUCCCAUUGACCCGAUCUCUGAUAUCAGCAUUGACCAAAUAAAUGAAAUUAUGUUUGGAAAUUUUGAAUAAUUUUUUUUUGCUAGACUGCAGAGGAACCAAAACUAGUGUAUGAAGUUACAAAUAUUACCUUUGUGUCAGAGUAUUCGUCGGGUCUACUUUUUGAGACAAAGUGAGAUAACUUUGAUUAUCAAGUAAAUGUAAAUUCCAUCGUACUUUCGAAAAAACUAUCGUUGUGUUA